AUGGGUUCGAAUCUUCCAUAUGCGGCGGAUGCUGAGAGCCCGCUGAAACCCGCUGAACUCCAAGUUCUGCGAGCCCAAUACGAAAAGGAAGGGGAAUAUGUCGGCGUGCAGACCAAAUUCAAUUAUGCUUGGGGCCUCAUAAAAUCCAACACGCGCCAAGAACAACAAGAGGGCGUCCGACUACUCUCCGAAAUAUUCAAAUCGGCCCGCGAACGACGACGCGAAUGCCUCUACUAUCUCGCCCUCGGCAACUACAAGCUAGGCAACUAUGGUGAGGCGCGCAGAUACAACGACCUGCUUCUCGACCAUGAACCGGGGAAUCUACAGGCGGCCAGUUUGCGGACGCUGAUUGACGAGAAGGUUGCGAAGGAAGGGUUGGUUGGUGUUGCGAUCUUGGGAGGCGUGGCACUUGCGGCUGGGGUGGUUGGAGGGCUUAUUAUGAAGGGUGCCAGGAGGCGGAUGAGGCAGCUUUUCGGGAGGUCCUUAGAAAAGGGGGAUCGAGAAGACGAGCAAGCAAGAAACAAGAAUCGUGAAUUCGCGGCCAAUAAAGUCGGUCAGGUUCAACCAUUGAAAGUAGCCGGUUUCACAGGCGUAAUGAGCGAACAACUCGCGGCUUCAUCCACCCCAGACCGUGCUCGAGUUGCACUUCAGCCAACGAUAGCCAGAUCACCGGAUCCUCCCAUUUCGACUUUGUCUACUCCGUGUGUGAUUCACCUAGGUUCUACUACUGUGUCGUUUGUGCUGUUCCAUACUGCCAAAGUGUAUGGGCAAGAGAAGAAGAGAGCGCAUUACGGUGUCCCAUCUGCGAGUCCGAAUUUGUCGAAAUCCUCGCCUAUCAGUCGAUAUGAUAUGAAAUUAGUAACUGACACUCCCUUCCCAACCAAGGUGGAAAGAGAUAACCCACCUCCAGAGCUCCAGAACCCCCCAACACACAGCCCUUCCCCCAUCCGCCAGAGUCCCAGUUCAGCAUCAUCCUUCCAUCACAUACGCGGUCCUAGACCAAGUAUCCAAACCGAACACCUUGACGCCCCGGGAGGUAGGGCAACGUUUCGCAGUUUUCGGUCGGGCGAUGGAAGGUUUACGUUCGCUAGUACAUCAUUCCGAUCGUCCAGAGGAGGUUCCCCCCACGGACAGCCACUGCAUGAUACCCCCGUCCAUGACCCUUUCGCGUUCCUUCGCAACACCACGGCUCUUAUCGACGCCAUUACAGAGAACCCUGCUGUUCGGCCGAUGCGAAGGCAUCGGUCCCCUGGCCUACAACCACUAGUUUAUCUACCUGGCGUCCAUGAACCCCAUGGCGACGAUCUAGGUUUAAAUAUAGAUGGAGAUGGAAACACAUUGAGGGUUAGUUGGCGCUUGGCACCGCGAAACGCAUACAACGCACGGGAGGAUACAGAUCCAUUUGCUCAUCUACAAGAGGUUCUCGGACAAUUUGCUGGACAUCAACGUGGAAACCAGAUGAACGGUGGGGCGAACGAGGAUGCUGAUAUACGAUCGUUAAUGCUGUCACUCCUUCAAGGCAUUGCCGAGGAUGGUGGAAGUCUGGAUGAGAAUGCAGAUCGACCCGUAACUAGAGAAGAGCUCGCGCUCCUGAAAACCCAGACGUUGAAGGAAACUUUACAAGAAACCGAGGGAGCGCUUGAUCGUUUCGACGGCACGGAAACCUGCGGCAUCUGCAUGGAAACUGUAGGACUAGAUUCCCGAGUCACUGUGUUGCCAUGCAAGCACUGGUUCCACUCGACCUGCAUAUCUCCAUGGCUGGACGAUCACAAUACUUGCCCUCAUUGCAGAGCCAGGAUCGGGCAUCCAACACCGCAAACGCCGAACAGGGGACACCAACAAAACUCAACGACCGGCUCAGGGGCCGGCUCAGGGGCCGGCUCAAGGUCCCCACCUCAAUCUGCGUCCAGUUCUCGUGGUAGAGGGAGUAUGGCGGAUCCUUUCAUUAUUUCAGACAGUCCUCCUCGCCGAUCAAAUUCAGGGAAUGCCAAUCCAUCACAAUCACCCCGUUCGUCGAUUAAUCGUGAAGGUGCCAACCCAACGUUCAACGGAACUGAGAACCUCCCACCACGGCCAAGGGAUGUAACGACUAGGUUUCUGUUCGACGUGGACGCAUGUAUAUACCAGGAACAGAACGCAACAUUUAGAGGUCUAUCAAUCGAAUAA